AAGGACAUCGCGUGUUGGUCUACGUGGUUUAAUCUGAGCUUCGCGUCAAAUACAACGUCAAGAGACAUCUCUGGGUUCUGAUUGAAUUUAGCGCCAACGCACAAUGCUGAAAAUCCAUUCUAAAGUAAUAAAACUGGCCACUGGAGGGCAGUAGCACAUUUGUGUCAUGUUGAACAGCAGGUUGGGGGCCGAGCUUAUAAAGAGGAACGCAGACGAGGCAAGCUGCAGACUCCUUGUGCAUGGUGACCAUAAUACGUGUGCCAUCAUGUCCAGGUCUAUGCUCCCUACUCAGCUACUUGUCGUUAUUGCUGGUCUUUUGCUCACAGACACUGUCACCAUCGAGGAUCUAGACAAGCAACACUUAAGCGAAACAGACCAGACAGAAAGUUAUAUGCCAUUUCUUUGCCCCACGCCACCUCCGCUUCCCUCAUUUACUGCUUCUUCAGUUGACACCGUACGUCCUGCGGAUCUCUCAGCGCUUUACUGGCUGAGCACGUCGCUUUCUGGCAGGGAUGUGACAUCAAAGAUUGUCAGUCGACUGGCUGAACUGCUGUCCAUGUUCAAUCCUGCACUCGUCACGGGAAAUGUGAAACUCCAGUCGCAAACCUGGAGUUUGCAGCAAGAAGCACAGGAGCUUUCUCGAGCAAUGUCUGAUCAAGUUUCAGGCUGGAAGUUGGUGUUGCUGUUGGUGUCCACGCAUCACACAUGUGACUCCUCAACAUAUGUUGAUGCCGUCGUGAGGGAAGCGGAAGCAGCUUUGCAGAUAUUACAAGAGCAGCUGCGUCAGACUUUACUUCAUGUUGUGGUCUUCAUCCCCAAUCAACCAAACAACAACACAUGCACAAGACCUGAAAACACCAAACUAAGCAAAGCCAUUCUUUUGCAAAAAUUGCUGGAUUCCCUUCAGAGUGUUUUGGCACGUGUGAAGUGGCAUCCCAGCGCCACUGCUAUGUUGCAGCCGCUACCGCUCAUCUUGGAGGACACUCCCGAUCAGAAGGACAUCACAAGCAAACUGGCUUUGCAGCUCUGGACAAACAUGCUUCAGCCAUCAUCCGCUCCAUCAGAGGACAUCACUAUUGCUUGUCCUACACAGGACCGACCCUUCCUCAGGACACAAGUGAACUCCCCCAAGAGCAGCAGCAGGGCCAUUUGGCAAAAAGCUCAGGGUAUGGGCACAGAAAUCCCCUGCAAGGACCGGCGACCAUCUCCGAAAAUACCAAAUUCGGUUCACGAGCUGAGACCGGCUGACAUCAAGGUGGUGGCUGCCGUGGGCGACUCUCUCACAGCAGGAAAUGGUGUAGGCGCAAAGUACGACAACCUUCUGCUAGUCAUCAAUGAGUACAGAGGUCUUUCAUGGAGCAUCGGCGGGGACGAAAACAUUGAAACGGUCACCACUCUGCCAAACAUUUUGAGAGAAUUCAACCCCUCCCUGACCGGCUUCUCUCAAGGAGUCGGCAAGCAGGACUCUCCCGCAGCUUUUCUCAAUCAGGCCGUGGCUGGAGCCAAGAGUGGUGAUGUGGUGGAACAAGUACGCACCUUAGUCGACAUGAUGAAAAACGACACGAGAAUCGAUUUCCAAAAUGAUUGGAAAGUGAUCACCAUGUUUAUCGGCGGCAAUGACAUAUGCGACUUCUGUACAGACACUGUGAUCUUCUCACCAAGGAACGUGGUCAAACGUAUCCGUCAAGCCCUGGACAUACUCCACCGUGAGGUGCCACGUGCGCUUGUUAACCUGGUAGAGUUGUUGUACAUUAUACCGCUGCGUCAGCUGCAUAAAGAUAAUGCGUUGGGAUGUCCCACCUGGUUUGUUAGGAUGGUUUGUCCUUGUGUACUGAAGCCGAAGGAUGGCUCAUUAGAACUCCAAAAGACGGAAGAAUUCAACAGAGCUUACCAGCAUGCGAUGCAACAGCUGGUGGAUUCAGGUCACUACGACUCUCACGACAACUUUACCGUCGUCUUGCAGCCUUUCUUCAGGGAGGUUUUCCUUCCUACGUUACCAAAUGGAAAGCCAGAUCGCUCAUACUUUACGCCCGACUGUUUUCACCUGAGCCAGAAAGCUCACACACUGAUGGCCCGAGCACUCUGGAACAACAUGUUAGAACCAGUGGGAAACAAGACCUCCACGCAAGACUUUAUGUCCGGGAUUGAUCUGAAGUGUCCCUCUGAGACGGCACCAUUCCUUAGAACAGCUGUUAACAGCAACUACACAUUUCCAGGACCUCCACCUCCACCAACCACUGCUCCGAACUGGGGAAGAGACUUCUCGUGUCCUAACACUGAACCAUCGGACUCACCACCCACUUCAGCUCACAGGGUCCGACCGGCUGAUAUCAAGGUGGUGGCUGCUCUUGGUGACUCUGUCACAGCAGGUUUUGGCGCUAAGGCACAGAAUCUGUUCCAGCUCAGAACUGAAUAUAGAGGGGUGUCAUGGAGUAUUGGUGGCGAUAAAAACCUGGAGACUGUUACUACUUUAGCCAACAUCCUCAGAAAGUUCAACCCUGAACUUAAAGGAAUGUCAAAGGGUCAAGGGAAGAAGAGGACCGGCUUCAACAUGUCUGCAACAGGAGCUAAAGUCGCGGGAAUUCCAGAACAAAUUAGACGCCUGAUUGACACAAUGAAAAAUGACACUACAGUGGAUUUUGCCCAUGACUGGAAGCUGGUAACGCUCUUCAUUGGUGGCAAUGACCUUUGUCAGUUCUGCAAUGAUCGUGCCUCAUUGUCACCUAAGAACUACAGCCAUCACUUGGUGACAAGCUUGGACAUUCUUUAUAACGAGGUUCCCAGGACCAUCGUCAACAUUCUGGAGAUCCUGCAGAUUGAAGACCUGCGUAGGAUCAAAAGAGACAGUAUCGGUUGCAACGUCAUUCAACCGUAUGCUCCAUCAUUUCAUGUAUGGCAUCCAAGGGCAUUGGCUUGUCCGUGCUUCUUACUACCAGGGGACGACUCUCCGGAGCUGGCGGAAGCAAAAAGAAUGAAUCGGGAAUUACAGAUUGAGACAGAGAAAGUGGCAUAUGGCGGUCGCUAUGACGACAGGGAAGACUUUGCAGUGGUGGUGCAACCCUUUUUCAGAAACUCCAUUGUUCCUUUGAAUGCUGACGGUCGACCCGACGUCUCCUAUUUCACCGAAGACUGUUUCCACUUCAGCGAACGGGGUCACGCCGACAUGGCUGUGGCCAUGUGGAAUAACAUGUUGGAGCCCGUGGGCAGGAAGCAGACGUUCAACAAUUUUACAAGUGGCAGAGGUGGCAUCAAGUGUCCUACAGAGGAGAAUCCUUACAUCUUUACAAGGAUGAACAGUGGACUCAGCCUGCCCUCAACUCACUGCCCCAUGGACAUCCCAAUUUGGCUUGCUGUGGUGCUCGCCGUCUCUGCUCUCCUGCUUGGCUGGGGCCUCACCUGGUUGGUGCUCACCUGGAGAAACAAGAGGACCAUGAGCACAGCAGUAUUAACAGUGGAGAUGAAGGCCGCAGUGCUUUAAAGCAGGAGUAGGCAAACUCAUUCCAGUAACAUGUUGCCUUCAUUUUUCCAUUUUUUGACCUGAAAAUGUUCACUUGUAUGUAUUUAUUCAUUUUUAAAAUUUAAUUAGAAACGUUUUCAGUUAAUUAUUGGGCUAUUGUCAAUAGAAUUGGAACAUGUACUAUUAUAUUUUGAGGACAGCUGACAAAAUAUGUGAAAUAUUCAAAUGUUUUAUUACAAUGAUAAAUACAUUGUAAAGGUUAUUUAAAACAAAUGUUGUAGUUAAAUUAUCUCAAUGUUGUAGCUGGUCUAACAACUCAU